AUGUCUGCAGAGGAGGUCGAGGUACAGGCAUUGGGCCGCUCCGCAUUUCUUGGCCAGCUAUACUCCGCUUCCACUGGUACGCUGAUUAACGUGUCACUCUUUCCGGAGCAUGCCCUGGAAGCUGCGACAGUCUCAGAGCCAAUGCCUAUGACUGAUAUGUCAUUUUCGGAAGUUCGGAACAGCCAGAAAAGGGCACAUCUCCUAAGAGUGAGCGCCUCUGUCUCGCUUUCCAUCUUGGGCGGGUCAGUGGAACUCAAGGGCGCCGGAAAGUACCUGGACAGCUCGGAUACUGAUGAGGACUCUACCACUAUCUCCGGCGUUGUACGUUGCCGGACGGUGCACAAGAGGCUCGACCUGGCUGACAAUGGCAUUAUGCAUGCUGUGCUCGUUGACUCCAACGCGCUGAAGAGCAUGGGUGCAACGCACGUUGUUAGUGGUAUUACCUAUGGAGGCACCCUGCUUGGGAACCUUUCGGAGACUAGAUCGCAGGCUAGGUCGAACCAGAAUAUUCAGGGAGACUUCUCGCUCAAGGUAUUACAGAGUCUGGGCAGCCUGGCCGGCGCCGAAGGCAGUGCAGCGUUGACGGAGGAGGAGGUUAAGUACCUUCAAACGGCCUCCUUUACAACCAGUCUUGUUGCGGACUAUGUCGACUACGAGUCAAGACCUCCCGUCAAACCUGAGCAAAUGAUCUUGGAGAUUGAAAAAGGGCUACCCAACUUCACCAGCGAAGUAGCCGAUGUGGGCAAAGAUAAAACAAUUGGAGUUCCCGUCGAUCUGGUUAUGACACCCCUGUCAUAUUUCGAUCAGUUUUCCACGGAGAUCGUCUUCCGUGAGCUGGCCGAGACUGAUCUCGCUACACUACGAACGUUUUACGAUGACAUCUCCACACUUGACAGGCGCCGAAGGUCUCUUCUCCUGGAAGUUCAAGACAAGCUCGAUAAUGCGUCUCCACCGUACAAGGACUGGUUCCCUUCCUUUCACGAGCUUUGCCUCUUGCGGUCGAACACCGUUCAAGUUCUCUUUGUGGACACGCGCAUAAAAUUAGGCAACUUCUUAAGAAACUACCGGACACAAACGAACGCAAGUGCAACCGUGGCCGAUUUCCUUACCUCCGCCAAGCCGCAGUAUGAGAUGGAAAUGGACCUGAUGAAAAGGGACACCGCCGGUUGGCAAAAUCUGCUGUGGCUCCACCGCACUGCGGCAGCACAUCACUACCCGCUUGCUACCGUCGACAAGGUCAAGGAACUAAUGAAUAGGGGUGAGCUGGAUAGCAUCAUCGUCAAUUUGAUUCCGGUGUCAGCCGAAAUUUCCGGUCUGCUGAGCGCCUAUAGAGAGCUGGGGGAUGAAGUUCGCAAGUGGCGGGAACAGAUGAAUACGAACUCCGGCGGCAGUGGCACAACCGAAUAUCUAUCCCUAUACGCCGAUCCACUAAGGGACACGGUUGUUAUGCAGCUGGAGAACUCUAAGGGAUCCAUCUCGCACGCUCUUGCCACCGCCAGGGAGACGCUGAGCCCGACCUGCUUGAUGUACGGAUAUCGGAAAGACCUCAAUCGUCGGAGCUGGAUGGCACUGAACCACGAACACUGGGGGGUUGUCAUCAAUCAGCUCGCGAAGACGCGCUAUGUUGGCUUCCUCAAAGACGCGAGUCCACACGGAGUGGGCACCAUGACAUACGUGAGCGGGUUCUCGUACACCGGCGACUGGCUGCUCGGUAAACGCGACGGCAAUGGACAGCUGCAUCGAGAAGGUCGGAUACUCGAGGAAGGGUACUUCAUUGACGACAUUCCUCCUUCGGCCGGAGACAUCUUCUCCCCAGAGUGGGCCGUACCUGUCGAAGUCACAGUUUACCAUGAAGAGAUUAGGACGAUACCGGGUGUUUCCGGUGGACGGGUGGAGUCCCGGAAUGUUCUGGUCGCCAACGGGCCGUCAAUUGAGUCCGGUCCCUACUCUGAGGAGAGACAAUCAUGGGCAUGGCCCGACGAGCGUGUCUCGUGGAAUGGCGAAGAGGGCACCAUCCUGUUUUUCAACGACAAGUAUGACCCGUUUCCACCUAGGAUCGGGCCAGAUCCAGCCCACCCUAAAAAAGGAUUCCUUCCGAGUCCUCGAACACGUCCAGUCAAGGUUGAGGCAAUGCUCUUGAAGUAA